AUGUCGACCCCGCCCGUGCCCUUCAACCGCCUGAAGCAGAUUGCCACAGAUGUCUGCAACAGCGCCAUCGGCAGUGCGGAAUUCUACGACCACGCGAAGACGGAGCAAUGGAACUCGACCAUUAUUAACUCCAUGCUGAAGGCGCUCAUCUCUGAGUCGACUCCUCAGGGCGCCACCGCUCCUUCAUACAAGUUUGCCUGCAACAGCACCAUUGUCCAGCACCUGGUCCCGACGUCGGCGCUGAACAAGUCCCGCGGCGGCACCGACACCAAGACGGAGGAGCCUCACGUGUCGACGAGCACGGACGCUACGGCGACGGACGGCAAGCCGCAUGUCGGCCGACGAGGAAUGCACAGCGCAACGGGUGCGUACUGGGACGAGAAGAAGGACGGCAUGUGGACCUUCAAGUACGACGGCGGUGAGGGCAAGGGCAUGGACGUGGUCAUCAUGCUGAUCUGGAUCGCCGUUUGAGAGAGAGAGAGAGAGAGGGAAAAGUUGAGAAAAGGGGCUGGAAGGGGGGAAAGGUGGGAGGCCAUGCCCGAACCUGCGUCCCAAAGGAAGAAGACAAGAUAAACCGUGGCUUGGUCGUUGCGUACAUCAUGGGCUAGGUCUGGGCUGUCUGCUCCUCUGUGGACUGCGGCGGCUCGGGGAGGCCAUUCUGUUGCCAUGGCCCGCCCAUGUUCCGCAUCGCCGGCGGAAUACUUGCAUAUUGAGCGAUAGACUGCGGCAACGAACGGUGGGUGACCAAGGCAUAUCAUGGA